UUACUUUUACAUUACAUCUGAAAGGGAGUAUCGAGUAUUGCCUUGUGACUUGUGAUUUGAAAAGCAAACGCAAAAGCUCUCUCUCUCUCUCUGUGUCUGCAUUUUCUGUCAGUCCGACGGCGACAAUUUUCUCUCUUCCACUCUCUCACUCUAUACUCUAUAGGGAAGGUUUUUGGAGCUUCGAGUGAUGCAGGCGGAUCAGACGAUGGGACCUGCUCCUGCCCUGUUCAAGGCUGAAGUGCCAUGGCGUGCUCGAAGACAGAGCCUCUCUAGAGAGGAACGACGUGUCUUAAAGACAGUGUUGGGUAUCCUGAACAAAUUGACCGGGAACAACUUUGAUCUUCUCAAGGGUCAGCUGAUUAACUCUGGAAUCACAACCCCACAUAUUUUAAAGGGUGUAGUCUCGCUUAUAUAUGAUAAGGCUGUGCUGGAGCCCAUAUUUUGUCCUUUGUACGCUGUUUUAUGCUCUGACCUUAGUGAGGAGCUUCCUCCAUUCCCAUCAGAGGAGCAUGAUGGGAAAGGUUUAACUUUUAAGCGAGUGCUCUUGAAUAUUUGCCAGGAGGCGUUUGAAGGUGCUGACAUCUUGAGGGCAGAAAUCAGGCAGAUGACUGCCCCUGAGCAAGAAAUGGAACGCAGGGAUAAAGAACAGAUGGUUAAGCUUCGAACUCUAGGAAACAUACGUCUUAUUGGGGAGCUUUUGAAGCAGAGGAUGGUGCCUGAAAAGAUUGUCCACCAUAUUGUUCAGGAGCUCUUAGGACCCAGAACAUGCCAAGUACUAGAGGAGAAUGUGGAGGCAGUAUGUCAAUUUUUUAACACCGUUGGCGAGACGUUGGAUGAGAGCCCAAAAUCUCGGCGAAUCAAUGAUGUGUAUUUCUGCAGGUUGAAGGAGCUGGCAGCAGACCCCCAACUUCUACCACGAUUAAGGUCCAUGGUUCGUGAUGUUCUUGAUUUGAGGGCCAACAACUGGGUCCCUAGACAUGAAGAGAGAAUUUCAGCUUGCCCUUUUUUCCGGUCGAUCGACCCUUCAACUUCUAAUAGGGUUGUAGGGGUCUUACCUAUGUUAAAACUUAACAACCUCGACAAUGUAAAUGAGACACUCAUAGAAAGAGUUGAGAUCAUAAAGAACGAAAAUGCCAAAUAUAUGGAAAGAAUUAAGCAACUGGAGAUGCAGCUGGAGAAGGAAGGUGACAUAUACACGAAAAGGGUCGAGUACCUAGAAAAGGAAUCAGACAAAUAUUGGGCAAGAGAGAAAUGGUUAAUCUUAACUUUGAUGUUGUCAUUGUUGGUUCUUUUUAUUGCACUUGGUGCAUAACUUAAACUUUUUGUGUAAUGACAUACUUUGAAUGUUGUAAUAUUUUCAGUUGAAAUAUGUAAUGAAAUGUUGAAGACAACAA